GGCAAGAGGUCCGGACGUGACAUAGCUGCACAUCAUCUCUCCUCCUUUCCACAGCCGAGUUACGUUACUUACCUUCAGACGUCUGCAGGUACUGAUACUGGAGCGGUCCUGGUCCACGAUCUGAACCAGGAGGAGACAUAAUGUGGCUGAUCGUGUUGGCCAGUUUACUCCACUGUGCCUCGGCCUACGAUGUGGAUCUGAAGAAACUGGAGGGACUGGCGAAGGCGAGGGUGGAGACCUGUGGUGGAUGACAGCUGAACAGGCUCAGAGAGGUCAAAGCCUUCGUGGUCCAGGACAUUCCUCUUUACCAUAACCUGGUGAUGAAACACAUUCCUGGGGCCGACCCUGAGCUUGUCCUCCUGAACCACUACUUCGAAGAGCUGGAUCGGAUUGCCCUGUCCGACAUGACCCGCUCUGAGAUCAACAAUCUGCUGGAGAAGCUUGGCUUCUACAAGAAGGCUGAACCUGAGGACGAGGUGCCCGAGGAGUUCCGCUUCUCCCCUGCCAAAGACAGCCCGUUUAAAGACGAGCCGCCAUACAAAUCCGCCACUGCCUCUCUUGCCACAGAAAACGCCUCUUCAGAGCCCAAAGCAGAAGCCAAGCAUACUGAUCUAUAACCUGUCAGAGUGGAGAAAAGUAGGAAUCUCACAGUACCAUUAAAGCCCCAAAGCUGCUCCACGACCAGCUGGUUAUUGCAGUUGAUGACAGGAAUGUUUGUCAUUUCAAAAUAAGACCAGCAGAUCAUGGAUCAGUCCUUGGGCAAGGACACAAUCUUAGCAUCAGCAAAAGGCCUUUGAAAAGGUCCACAGUCUGAAUUUGCACAUAUUGUUCUUGCUGUUUGUUCUUAUUUUUUGCAGCGAUAAUAAUCUAACAGGCUGCUUUGUGAGUGCUUUUCUACUCUCUGCGCAAAGACUGGACGUGUGUGUUUUAUUUUGUGUUUUGGUCCAUCAUGUGUCAGCUGUCUUCAGGAUGUUCGCUCCUCUUGAGUUCUCUUGUGUGUCUGAUUGCUUCCUACCUACUGUGAAACUGAAUGAAGCCUCAGACUGAAAACUGUGUGAAUGGCCUGAGGCUGAUGUUACAUGUUCUGGUGGGUUGGACUGAUGCACACAAGAGGACUCUAGUGGGAGUGUUGUAAAAAAAAAAAAAAGAAAAAGAAGAAUGAAAUAAUAAAAAAAAUCUCAAAAUCUCA